CACGUCAUGUUCGACUUGGUGCAAUUACAAAAUGGCGGAACCAACAAGUGAUCUUGUUCUUUUUCAAUUGCUCGACGAAAUAACACUGGAUUCAUCGAAAAGUGGAGACAGGGAAACAAGCAGGAACAUUGUCGAUCACUUUAAUCCGCCAAAAUAUUGAAAAUUGAGUGGAAAGACUGAGCAGAAAAAUGAUUAAGGCCGUUAUACUAAUAGGCGGCCCUUUAAAGGGGACCAGAUUUCGUCCUCUUUCGCUGGACAUACCAAAACCACUGUUCCCAGUAGCAGGUUUACCGAUGAUAGAGCAUCACAUAGAGGCUUGUACAAAAAUACCUGGACUGAGCGAAGUGUUCAUAAUCGGUUCGUACGCCGCAAACGACUUGCAUCAAUUUGUACAGGAAAUGGCAAAGAAAUAUACAACGACUAUAAGGUAUCUCCAGGAAUUCACGCCGCUUGGUACAGCGGGUGGUCUGUACCACUUCAGAGAUCAGAUAAGAGCAGGAUCGCCGGAUCAUUUUUUUGUUAUGAACGGCGACGUUUGUGCAGAUUUUCCUUUGAGGGAAAUACUCGAGUCUCAUCGAGAAUCAAAAGCAUUAAUAACGAUAAUGAGCACUGAAGCGACGCGACAACAAUCUUUGAAUUACGGCUGUUUGGUAAUGGCCAAGGAUGGCAAAGUAUCCCAUUACGUAGAAAAACCCUCAACCUUUGUCUCUACUCUCAUCAACUGCGGAGUUUACGUCAUUUCACCUGAAAUAUUUCCUACUAUGGCUGAAAUAUUUUACGCUCGCAAUCAACAGGACAAUCUUUCUCAAGCAAAUGGGAACGGAAAAGAUCCGGCCCACAUAGCCCUGGAACAGGACGUUCUUACGAGACUCGCAGGAACUGGUAAACUCAAUGCUGUUCUAGUGAAAAAUUGGUGGUCCCAAGUUAAGACAGCCGGAUCAGCGAUUUACUCCAACAGACAUUAUUUGGCUCUUUAUCGAGAAAAAUAUCCUGAGAGGUUGGCUCUUUCAUCAAUUGGCGUAUGCAAUGUUGUUGGUGAUGUUUGCAUACAUCCGACCGCUGUCGUUCAUCCGAGCGCUGUGCUUGGACCGAACGUUAGUAUAGGGCCGUGCGCGAGAAUCGAAGCCGGAGUCAGAAUUCGAGAAUCCAUUGUACUCGCUGACGCUCAAAUUCAAGCUCAUUCGAUCGUUCUCCACAGCAUAGUGGGGAGAAGUAGCACCAUAGGUGAAUGGGCUCGGGUCGAAGGCACUCCCUGUGAUCCUAAUCCGAAUAAACCAUUUGCCAAAAUGGAAAAUCCACCGCUCUUCAAUGUCAAUGGAAAAUUAAAUCCUUCCAUCACUAUCCUCGGUACCAGUGUGAGCCUGGCUUCCGGAAAAAUUCUCUUAAACUCAAUUGUUUUACCGCACAAAGAGUUGACGAGAAAUUUCAAAAAUGAAAUAAUUCUGUAAAUACCUUGGAAGAAUUUUGAUAAAGUUCCAAAUUCAAUUGAUGUAUUGCUAUAUUUGGAGGGAAACGAAGUGGUACAAUGAAACAAUUUAUACACGAAUGAAUGUAUGAGAAUUGUACCACAGAUUAUUUUGUACAUACUGUGAAUGGACACACUGUAUUUCUAUCAUAAUUUUUAUAAUUGAUCAUGCGAUUUGCGUCAUGUCACCUUUUUGCUCUUUUCUUUUUUUCAUCCUUGAGGAUCCUAACAUUGUUCUUUUUUCUUUGCACAAUGUUUGUUAUAUAUAAAUAUUGAAAUAUCUGUAUCAUAUCGAUACAAGAGGGGCACGCGUGCGUCGCGUAUCGAACGUCUCACGUACAAAAAAUAACAGUAAUAUAUUGUAUGUAUUUGUAAGCAGAAAUAAAUAUCUACGUAUAAAA